GCACUGAUGUGAUAAGCAUCAGUUGGUACAUAGCAGCAAACACUAUGCUAGUAUCGCAGCAUUCGCUUCACCAGCAUGCACUUACCAAUCGUCCACUGAAGCUCUGACUUUACAACAGACUAGUAUUUGUUUAGUGGAGGACUUGUGUCAAUGGAAAGCAGUUUUUUCUUCCUUUUCUUGGAGUGCUAUUUGCUGAAACGAUAACCCAAAGCUUACCAUUCUUGUCGGAGUAUUUGCUCUGACCAAGUUGGUAGUUUUUAUAAAAGGAAAGAAGACUUCCACUAACGGUCCAGCAUAAUAAGGUGGUCUAAUUAUAGCGGUCAGUCGGCCGUGAUGAGUGGUCAAGAGUGGAUAACUUCCUUGAGGGUCUUCCCAAGUUACAGCUAAUUCUACUGAGUGAAAUGCAACCUACACAGAGACAUGCAUGCCUGAAGAUUCACUCAUUCAGCCAUUAAUCUCAGCUCUUGUGAAAGGUUCUUUCAUUCCUUCAAGACUCUUUCAUUUCUUCAAGAAAUCAGGAACUAUUUUCGCUUUUAUUUGGCAUUUGCAUUCUUCAAGACAGCACUGAAUCACAUUUGCAUUUCUUUCUGACGUUGCAAAAGGGAGUCAAAACAUAUUGCAAUAGACUGUAAAUUUGACUUAAAAGCUACCUGCCUGAUUGUUUUUCGUCAGUUUGUUUGCAUUCAACUCAAGCUGAAGGAGGAGGGAUUGAAGGAUUUAUGUAUUGAUCACAAGACAUAUUAGUAUCUAAAGGAUUCUUUCUAACCAGUUCACUCAAAAGACUGCCUCAAAAAGACCGACGGCUAUCUGCAAGGUGACAUCUUCACUUCGAUCUAACUUUUUUUAACCCUCCAAGGAAGAGGAAGAAAGUAAGAUGCCAUAAUGGAUGCAGACAUGCAGAUGGAGACCUACGCUCUGGAUGUACAAGUGCGUCAGAUCCAGGAAGAGCGCACCCGCAGGAAGGGGGUUCACUGCAUGAAAGGGUUAGAAGGUGUGAAGGAGGGUCGUCCAAGCUCUUGGUACCUGUUUAGCGGUCCAGUCGUGACCAAACAAAGACGACAUUCCGAGGGUUCAAGGCCUAGUGAUCAGGUACAACGUGUGUCACAGUAUGACAAAGUGUUACAUAAUCUGCUUGAAGACAGCUCCAAGUCUAGGACCGGACACCCUCGGGACCAUGAGAGUCUUCUAGAUCCAGAACAAACUGUUAGAGAGAUUGUAAAAGAGCGAGAAGAGGAGAUGUGUCAGGCGGAGAAUGAAUCCAAACUCCUCCAGAUCCAGGAAAGGUUUACCCAUGAUGAGCUCAACCUCUUUGGAGCUAAAGAGAUGACAAAACAACAGGUUAGUUCCUUCAUUAUUUUUUUUUUCUUUAAGUUUUGCUCUUUUUUAAAAACCAAUCUUUUAAGGUUAUAUUUUUCUUUCGAUAUUUUCUUCAUAUUUGAAAUAAACCAUUUAUUAUUUUAAAAAAAAAAAUUUCUUUACUGUUAUUCUCUGUUUAUUCUAGGGCAUUUUUCUUUGUUUCUUUUUCCAUUUCCCCAUUUUGUUCUUACUACCUCACUUUAAUUUUUCACCUCACUACAUAAUAUUGUGAGCUAGAUUUAGAUUUACAUAACUUUUGUAGAAGUACAAGAAAAAGCGUAUUGCAACUAUUCGUAAGGUCCAUGGACUGUUCAGUUUUUUUUAGGUCUGAUGUUUGCUUUUCAGUCAAUUAAAUGUAUUUUCAUGUGCUUGAGAAUAUGCCAUCUGGAUCUCAGUAAAGAUCCCAUUUUAAUUGUUUCCUUGCGAUUUCUUUGUUCUGGAUGUCUACUUCCUGAAGAAAUCAUCCAAAUAAGAGAUAACAUCGUGUAGGCCUUGAGAAUUGCAUCUUGAACUCAUCUGGUCUUCAUCGGCUGAGGCUUCUUCCUCUAAUUAUCCAGGUCUAUCUCUUUAUCUUUCUCCCCUCUUCUCUCUUCCUCACCGGUCUGUGUUUCAAUUUCGGCAGAUGAGCUCAAAGGUCAUUGCAGAUACUGUCUUAGCAGAUGCUACAUCUUCAGGGAAGUGUACCCUGAAACAACUUGGUCAGUGAGUUUUACUGACAUAUUCGCUCUGAGCCAAUCAGAUUGAAGGAUUUCAGUAGCUUAUAACAGAUAUCGGUGACAAUCACUGACUAUUUGUUAAUAAAAUGAUCCCAAGUAUUGCUUCUUUUAAGUUUCAAGCUAUCUGUUGAUCCAAGAACAUCUUCGGGGUAUCUGUCUAGCCGUUGUCUACAGGAUCUCCUUGAUCAGCAUGGGGGAAACAAAUUAGGCAAUGUGUUUGUUUCUUUGAUCUUCUAAGGUUUGGUGACAGAUCGCGACAUUGAAGAGGGUUUUGGUUUAGCUUCAUUUCUGUUUGGGUCUCAUGUUCUUCAAUGCAACAUUAUCUGUUACAUAUCAAAGGCUGUUGUUACCUUAUAUCCAGGGCUAUAUCUCCGCACAAUUGGAUGAUUAUCAAAAGAUGACGGUUUUUGUACUUUGUUUGUGUGCUAUAUGGUUUCUGUUUCAGUGAAGAAAAAAAUCCUUGGAAUAGUUUUUUACUGGAACAUAAUUACUAAAAAAUAGGAAUAUUGCUUUUGUGUUCUGCAAAGAAAUCAGAUAGAAAAUGUAAAAAAUACAUAUCUUUGGCAGGGUUCGAAUCUAUUAUAAAAACAUGAAAUGCAAAGAAUAGCGGUUUUAGCAUUAUUGAACAUUCAUAUUGAUUUUAUACUUCAUCUCCUAAUUGUUGUAGUCCUUUAUUUCUUCUUCAAUAUACCAAGCUAGUUAAAGGCUUUUCUGUCACGUUUUGUCUGCUAACAUUCCCAACCACGAUUAGACUUGAUCACUUUAUAUUUCCCAGAACACUUCACUCUUCUCUUUGCUGGUAGUGUAUUUUUCACUUUAUGAUAUCCAUUAUUAACUGGCUGGAGCUGUAAUAUCAGUUUUAUGAUUUUGUCAGUUGUGAACUUGCUCUACCAUUAGGCCUAAACCUUGGUUUCAUAUGUAUAUAAAGGUCUAUAUUUCUCACAUUGCAGUUUAAUAGUAUCUUCAUUCUAUGUAUUUAAAUCUGUAAAAAAGAAAGCUAAUGUUACAUGUUCUAGCUGUCUGUUUGAAAAGUUUUGAAAGAGAGAAUGUAGCUAUACGAGUGAAGAAAGUGAAUAAAAUGUUAAUUUUACUGCUUGAAGUUAAUAUUAACAGCAAUAAUCUCCUUAUUGGCCUGAUUCUAGAAACGCAAAAGACUAUGCUCAAAACAAAUAACUGAGAGUGAAAAUCAUGACUGCCCCAUCUCACCUUCUCAUCAAAGCGUAGUCAAAAUCUAGGUAUCUUAUUUUUUUUAAUUGCCCCCUUUUCUCUCAACGUAUCUCUUAUUUUUGCUAUCUUGCUUGUCCAGCCAACACCAACUGCUGACCCUCUGUGUUCUGAUUCCACCUAUAAUUUAAUUUAAUUGCCAAAGCAUUUUUGUUAGAGAGCACUGUACUCCUUUCGUUGAUAGAAUCUCUAUGAUUGUGUGCAAUCUGAAAAGUAUAAUUGUUGUGAGAAGGGUAUUGAAAUGGGAGCAUUCCUACCCCCUCCUAUUAUAGGUCCAGCGAACCCCCCUCCUUCAUUGUCUCCUGUGUUUAUAAUAACAACCUCAUCUCAUACCCAUCCCAUUUGUCUUCAUACGCCCAGGGCCAUCUAUUGAUUCACACUCAAAUAGACAGGUUCACACGGCAAUAUAUGAACUUAGUGUUGUCUUCGGUUUUAGUUUAGAAUUAGAGCAUCAACGUUAGCUUUCCUGCCCUUCACAGAUGUUUACAUUGGUAGCUAUGUUCAUUGGAAAUCAUAUGAAGUCAAGCUGGAAAGUGGGCCGGAUUUCCAUAACCGUCAUAUGCUUGCUUAUGAUAUCAGUGUCCCCUCUCCAUCAGUUUUGUAUUUGUAAAACUGAUGGUCCCGUGUGAACAUGAUAUACUAAAGAGACUGAAGAUGAUAUGAGCAGAUUGUUAUUACAAAAUGGACUGUACUUCUAUGAACCUUGGAGAGGAAUGCAGCUUAAUAAUAGAGUAUUGUGAUUUUUCUUUUUGUGAUAUUCAAUGUAGAGCAUGAACAAUAUUUAUAGAUGGGAGGGAUUUGCAAUAAAUUUGAUUUCUUACAAGGGAGUCAGAUCAAUCGAUAGCUGCAAUAAAAUAUAUUUUUAUGUUUAUUUGGUAAUCAUUGGAAAAGAAUAGUGAAUAAGUCAUUUAAUGACAAAUUAUGCGGUCUAUUAUUUUGAAGUUAGUACUGUCCAUGAAGAUUAAUUGGAAGGUGAUUGGUUGAUUGAUUGGUUAAUGUAUCCUGAUAAGACACAAAGUGACAUUACUCAUUUGAUAAUUCAUUGCAUAUGGAAUAGAAUUAGUAGUCAGAGCAUGGAGGAUGGUUAGAGGAGGGAAUAUUUAAAAGGACAAGUGUGUGAAUGAAAUGGAAAGAAAAAAAACAGGAGGAAAAAAGGGGAUUUAGAUGCUAUCAGCUCUACGCAUAAUGGUAAGUGUAACUUUUGAGUUUUGAAAAAUAAAUGAGCAAAAAGGGCCAUGAUUUGAAUACUAUAUAGUGUUUUCUUCCCUUAUGCAUUAUUUGCCAAUGAGCUAAGUAGCGUUAGCAUAAAGGAUUAGCAGUGAAAUGUGGAGAAAAAAAAACGGUAGCCCCAUGUAUAGCUUCUUGUGUUUUGGAAUCACUUCUCGUUAGGUUGUGAAAUAUUGUACAUACCACAGGUUUAUGCAAUUGUAACUCUGUUUAUUUCUCAAGAAUUCGUAUUUGACCAUUGUCAAACAUGUAUAAUAUAGUGGGUGGAAUAUAUUGGACAAUAGAGGAUGAAAGUUUUUAUAAUCAUUGGGUGAUAGUACCAUUCCCAGAAGAAAUGUAAUUGAUCAGGAUUAUCUGUUAGAGGAUUCGAAUCUUCCAAUCAAUUGCAAACUUACAAACUCUUUGAUAAUCAUAUUGGGAAAAAUUGGGAUCAACUUGAACAAAGCUUACCUGUGAGAUGGGGCUUCAAAUGUCACACCGAUGUAAUUAAAUAUAACACGUUUCUUUGAAGAGUCUCUUCAGAACUCAAGGAUUGGAUGGAAAAAGCAUCCAUAAAAAUGUUUGAUUCUUCCAUCUUCCAUCAUUGUAGACAUUUAUAAUAAACUCCUGUAGGCCUUCUUGUUUCAUUGAAGGGGGGGGGGUAACAAUUUUGCUUAUUCACAUAGCCUUUCCAAAUCAUUUAGCUUUUCAUCACGCAUUGUAUACCCAGUUUUGACUAAACUAUUUUAACAUCAAAAUUAAUUUCCAAAACAAUAUACAUAUAAAUAAACUUGUUUAUUGCUAUGAUUCAAUUCAAUUCAAUUCAAAGUUUAUUCCAAUCAAUCAAUCAUAAAAAUACGCAGUUUGAAAAAAAAAUGGGAUUGGGAGCCCCUUGAAGUUAAAAAAAAAAUUGUGGGUGGGGCACCACCACCUUGAUACAAUAAAAAUACAAAUCAUUAUAAAACAUACAGAAAAGUUAAUCAACU